AUGACCAGGCUGGACUUGCCAAACCUUUCAGCCACAUCUCAUGGUCAGGGUGGCGUCACUUCAUGUUACAGAGCCGGUGUUGGCACCUUAAUCCCCCGGGGUCACUUUCAUCAACUUCAUGCGCCUAUCUCUGAGUAUCUGUUUGCUUUCUGCUUACAGAUAGAACCCACAACCUUUUGUGGGCUGCUCUUGGGUACCAGAGCCUCUCCCCGUGAAUGUAGAGAAUAUUAUGUAAACAUGACUGACUGCUGUGGGAGAGGAAAGGACCAGUAUCUUUGCCUUGAGGUAGGUCAGACUCCAAGAUGUAAUUUAUACUUUCCAUGGAUCAGGCUUGGGACUUUCAGCUGCAGCCGCAUCAGUCACAUUCUGUUUGCCUUCUCCCCCCUCAACCCUGCUUCCUUCCACCCCGUUGCUAGCAUCUUCAGCAGCAUAUUUUUAACAAAUCAAUUGCUCCCAAGAGAAGCAAGAACUAGUGAACACUUACUCAAUCUCACAGCACCUUAA